AGGUCAUUUACAUAUAGCCCUUGCGCAGCGCCCUCGCUUGAUCUCAAGACUCUCUCACUUAUCAUUGUCUAUUGUUUAGCUUAUCUGUUCCAAGAAGUAGUGAGUCAUUCAUACCACAGCACAUGUACAGCCAACAUUGAUAUCUGUUCUGUGGCAAAAGUUCCAUCUAUUUCAUACAUUUUUCAUGGUACAAGUUAGAAAGGAGAAGUUUGGAAGAUCACCUCAUGAUGAUCUAUAGUGACUAGGCUGGGGGUUUAUGCUAACGCCAUAAUAAAAGAACAAGACAGAGUUAAUGUACAUCGUCCGCAUCUGGUCACAUUUUCUCGGUGUCACAUUUGGCGUCGUAGACAGGAUGGUGUAUUAAUACUGCAUCUACCCCCAGUCGAGGAUGAGGUGAGACUCCGGCGAUGACAAUGGGUCAACCAGAGCAAGAGAGUGCACCUGCUGCUUUUCACAAAGCAGGGGAGCACCACCCUGAGGAGGCAGAAGAGGAGGCAGAUGAGGCGAUCAUCAUACUGGAGACAGAAGGUGAGACUCCGGCGAUGACAACGGGUCAACCAGAGCCAGAGAGUGCACCUGCUGCUUUUCACAAAGCAGGGGAGCACCACCCUGAGGACCAAGCCCCUCAAUCUUCAGAUGUGCAAGAUCCAGAGAGAGCACCCGCUGCUGUACACAAAGCAGGGGAGCAUUACCCUGACGAUCUAGCCCCUCAACCCACAUCAGAAGUGCAAGAUACCCCACCGGAGCCCACUACAGAGGAGGAGGUCCCACUUGCCAAAGCGGAGCAGUUGCGCCACACCAGCCGUGCUGAAGCGGGACAACACUCCAAUCCCCAUCACCUCCCGAAGUCUGUUGUCCAGUCCGAGUUACCGGCCGUAACUGUUAGAGCUCCUUCGAUCGAUCUCCAAGUUCUCGCAGACUUCAGUCGUUCCCAGUUGCUGUUAGCGCAGAUGUUGGCAGGAGUCCAGCGUUGACGACUUCAUUGUGUUUAGUAACAGAUUAUAUUUUGUACUCUCUUUCUUUUGUAUUAAUCAUUAAGUUAAUGUCACAUAAUUAGUUAAGUUGUCGGGACGCCAACCUUUAAGCAGGGGAGUAUGUGACAGGUCAUUUACAUAUAGCCCUUGCGCAGCGCCCUCGCUUGAUCUCAAGACUCUCUCACUUAUCAUUGUCUAUUGUUUAGCUUAUCUGUUCCAAGAAGUAGUGAGUCAUUCAUACCACAGCACAUGUACAGCCAACAUUGAUAUCUGUUCUGUGGCAAAAGUUCCGUCUAUUUCAUACAUUUUUCAUGGUACAAGUUAGAAAGGAGAAGUUUGGAAGAUCACCUCAUGAUGAUCUAUAGUGACUAGGCUGGGGUAAGUCUAUUUUACAUUGUAUUUUAAAGUUGAUUUGUUACUGCUUUUCUAGUCUCUAAAUGUUGGGAAGUUACUUUUGAUUUGGAACUUAGUUUAAACUCCUUCAGAUAUUUCUUAGUGUUUCCUCUAUUAAGUUCACUUUAUUGUUACUUCUAUUAGUUGUAUUGUUCAUUUAUAGCUUUAGUUUCAUUUGUAUUUGAUUUAGUUUGAAAGCACCUUUGUGGGUGUUGUGAUCAAACUUUUCCUUAUUUUGUCAUUGUCUUAGACUAGAAGUAUUCAUACAGAGGUGUGUGGUUUUCCUUACUGUACCACCAUUGGCAUUGUGCAAUGUCAGUUGCCUCUUUGUGUGAGAGUAGAAAUGCACUGGGGCGUAUGCUGGGUGAUGUUUGUGGUUAGGAAGUGAGCAUAUCGAUAGUCAGUAUUGCUGCGCAGCAUAGCUUAUCGAUAUAGCAUCCUUUAGUGUACACUGCCACUUAAGGUUCAGUCAAGCAAUUGAUAUGUGAUCACUGGUGUGUUGCCUGCAUGUUCUAGUCUUACACUGGGUUCUUUGUUUAUUGUUAAUCUUGAUAAGAGUACACUAGGGAGAAGUAGGCUACUAUUCUCUACUGUAAACUCAUUAUGUAUUCGGUCUAAAACAAGUACUGAGUGCCAGAGCUUAUGUUUCAUUAUACAAGUCUUUGGAAUGCCUAGCUGCAAUGUUAUUGUGCUGCUAUUGGGUUUAUUAAUUCUAAGGUUUAUUGUAGAACAAGUCUAUGCACUUUGACUAAGUUUUGUGAAUUAAUUAAUUAAGAGUCUCAAGUCAAAGCAAUCACUUGCCUUGUACAUUCUUGAUUAUUCUUUGAUCAGUAUUAACUUAAGGGUUGUGGUUCAAGUUCUUUAUUAGUUCUUUAUUCAUAAGGAUGUGAUUGGACUAAGUUGAGUUCAAGGUUUAUUGAGCAGAAAUAGAUAUAGAGGUUAUUUCCACAUUUGCUUUAGUUAUUUCCUAUUUUGUCUUUGCAAGUUAAAGCAUUUACAUGCCUUGUAUUAAUUCAUUUUGGAAUUUAACUUGACUUUACAGUUAGAGGCAAACUGUGUUAUUGAGUUCGAUUUAUCUCUUUUGAUUGCAUUGGAUUAUCUGAGGAUUAUCAUUGUUCUUUUCAUAAUUUACUUUGCCAGAUUGGUAUUUCCUAAAGCAUUGUAUUUAUAUGGAAAUUCUAUUUUGUAUCAUUUCAG